GACAUUUGCUUAUGACCUGCUUUAGCAAAAAUGGUGUCAAGUAGGUUCUUGUUGUGUCUUCUACCUCUCGUGGGGGUUGUCAUUGCCACGGCCGACUUCGAGCUGGCCAAAGACGGCUUCGUCCACUAUAUCAAAACGGGGGAAAAACCGCCACCAGUCAGUUACAAGAUACCUCACGUCUUUCGCGAAGACAUGGAAAAGGCAUACGAUAAUGACGAAAUCUGUACUUUGUGUGCGGCGGUGUUCACCGCUGUGGUGGACGAACGCCUACACGGGAUGACCAAGGAGCAACUCGUCGAGACGGUGCAAUACAUAUGUCUAGCCCUAGAGAUCGAAAACGAGCGGGUUUGUCAUGGUGCGAUUAGUCUCAACGCGGACAUUCUCAUCUACAUCGUGGACAACUACCCUGAUAUUAAACCAGAGCGACUGUGUGGUUCCGUUCUGCAGUCGUUCGGUUGUCCGACAGGCGAUGGUUUCGAGUGGACUAUUGACAUAGCAACAGGAAACGCAGCAGAACGACCUGAGUUGAACGACGACAGUACUGGAAGUUUCAACAUCUUGCAACUAUCAGACAUCCACUACGACCCAUAUUACAAAGUAAACGGUGUUGCGGAUUGUGGUGAACCGAUUUGUUGCCAGGAGGAUCAAGGAGAAGCUACCGCUGAACAAGCGGCGUGUGGGUACUGGACCGACUAUGCCAUGGCGGAUGCUCCGUGGUACCUCGUCGAGGAAACCGUCAGACAGACGAACACCCAAGACUUCGACUACGUUUACUACACGGGUGAUAUAAUUAGUCACCGAGUGUGGCAAACCACAGUCGAAAACAACACGGAAACCAUCGCCAAGCUGUACACCUUCUUCAAAGAGUCGUAUGAUGUCCCCGUGUUCCCGAUUUUCGGCAAUCACGAGCCGCACCCUCUUAACGUCUGGCCCGACGAUGAACAACUCCAAGAUGAAAGCCUCUCUGUCAAGUGGUUGUUUAAGCUGGCGGCGGAACAAUGGUCCGACUUGAUUGGUCAGGACGUGACUGAGACAGUCUUAAAAGGGGGUUACUAUAGCGCGAGCCCUCGUCCCGGAUUCCGGGUGAUCGGUGUCAAUGGCAACCUUUGCUACACGGACAACUGGUGGCUGAUUUACGACGACGUCGACCCUUUCCAGCAAUUGCAGUGGCUAGCGGACACACUUAAGCUCGCCGAAGAAGCCAAGGAGAGCGUGCAUAUCUUGACGCACGUUCCUACGGGGUCCGGGUCCUGUUUGAGCGUCUGGAGCCGCGAAUACCGGCGCAUCAUCGAGAGAUUCGCCACGACUAUUACGGGCCAGUUCAACGGGCACACGCACCGCGACGAGUUCCACGUUUAUUAUAACAGCUCGGCCCCCACGCAAGCCAUCGGGGUGGCUUACAACGGCGCCUCGGUCACCCCUUACUCCAACUCCAACCCCAGUUACAAAAUUUACUCAAUCGAUGAUACGGUCUUUACGCUGUUAGAUUAUGAAGAAUGGACGUUUAAUCUCACGUUAGCGAACUCCCGGCCCACUACCGAAACACCGGAAUGGUUUAAGCUGUACAGCUUUGUCGAAGCUUACGGUGUGAAUAAUUUACAGGCGAGUGAGGUCGACAAAGUGCUUUAUAAGAUGGCCGAGGAUCAUUCGUUAUUAGAUGACUAUUUCAGGUUUAAAUUCCGCGACGGCGAUGCGGGAAUACAGGGAGGAUGCGACGAGGCUUGUCAAAGAGAGAUUUUGUGCGAUGUUGCUAAGGCGCAGUUCGGAGAUUAUACCCAGUGUAAUUAUUUCACCGAGCUGUAUGGCGAGGGAAAAUAAAAAUCGUCGCUGGGGGUUGAUUAAUAAAAAAUAUAUUGUGGUUGUUA